ACUAUGUUAAUGCAUUUUAUUGUAUUCAUUCUGUAUUUUGGGGAAAUUCAAAGUGCGCUUACAGAGACAGAAGACUCAGAAGACGCCGUUCACGUGCGCAUUUCCAGAAAAACACAAUUUCCCAGGAACCUUUGCGCGGAGAACAACAAAGAUGGCGAUUCAGCUCAAUGUUUCAGGACGUGAUAAGAAUUUUGAAACGUACAACAGAUGACUUAAAGGAGCGACAACCGGCACAGCACUGCAGAGUAUUUACCACUGCGGGUCAACUACAUCACACCCGACUACGUUAGCAGGUUAACAGGUGAAAUGCCUUCUCCUAAAGCUAAAAACCCCGGUCGCAGCGGAGGAAGCCCGGUGCUCGGCAGCUCCAACGGCCGAUACGAGUUCAUGUCGCUGACGAAGCCGCUGAACCGGUCCUCGCCGCCGCUUCUCCUCCAGCGGCAGGGAUCCGACCCGACCACCGCCCGCCUGCGAGCCUCGGAGAGCCCCACUCGGCGCCGGGGAUCCAGCUCCUCCACGGGCUCUGGGAGCGGCCAGGGGCUGGCAGAGGAGGACGGUAUACGGCUCAACCCCUCCUUUAUCCGCGUAGCGCUGAGCUCGCUCCUCGCCAUCGACCUGUGGAUGUCUAAGCGCUUGGGGGUGUGUGCCUGUGAGGACUCGUCCUGGGGGAGUGUGCGCCCGCUAAUGAAACUGAUAGAGAUAUCGGGACAUGGCAUCCCCUGGCUGGCUGGGUCCGCCUACUGUUUGUACAAGAGUGACAGCGCCGCAGGACAAGAAGUCAUGCUCAACCUCCUCAUGGGCCUGCUGUUGGACCUGGUCCUGGUCGGCAUUGUUAAGGCAGUGGUGCGUCGGCGUCGGCCCGCGCAUAACCGCAUGGACAUGUUCGCCACCUUUUCCGUGGACCGCUACUCCUUCCCUUCAGGCCACGCCACCCGUGCCGCCAUGUGUGGGCGCUUCCUGCUGGCUCACCUCGUGCUGGCCGCCCCGCUGAGGGUCCUCGUCCUGCUGUGGGCCAGCCUGGUGGGGCUGAGCCGAGUGCUGCUGGGCCGGCACAAUGUGACUGACGUGAUGUUUGGGUUCUGGAUGGGCUAUUGCCAGUAUAACCUUAUAGAGAUGUUGUGGCUUUCACCUCAAACCCUGCAGGGGCUGCUGGGACAGUUAGCUUAACACUGAGGGGAUAGAGGGAGGAGGGAUGGCGGUUUAAAUCUUGAUUGUCAGAGCACCUGCAUACCUUUUGUCUUUUAGACUGAUAUAUAAGAGGAAUUGUCUUUUGACUAGAGAAGAGCGCUCUAUCAAACACAGCUGUGUUCUGCUUUUAUCCAACAAUUAAGGUGCAAGUGUGUAGGGUUUAGGGGGAUCUAUCGGUUGACGUGGAAUUUAACAUUUCUAAUUAUGUUUUCAUUAGUGUGUAAUCACCUGAAAAUAAGAAUCGCUGUGUUUUUGUUAGCUUUUUAUGAACCCCUCAUGUCAACACAGGGAGCAGAUUCUCUUCCAUUGAGCCCAGCAUGUUCCACUACCAUGUUUCUACAGUAGCCUAGAAAGGACAAACCAAACACUGGCUUUAGAGAGGGCAGUUUUUUUUUGCAUUUUUUCGUUACCUGAAGGCCACUGUAGGUUCAUAUACACAUUUGAAAAGAGAGGUGUGAGCAGAGUGGUAUUAAGUUGGUUGCAAUUUGCAAACUUACCACUAGAUGCCACUAAAGUUUACACACUGCUCCUUUGAAGUCAGAAUCCAGCCGAAUUCAGCCCUCAUUUUGAGAUUUCGAUAACUAGGCUGCCGUUAGUAAAACGUACAAGAUUUUUAAUCAGCGUAGACCACAAGAAACAGAUUUGUCCACAUUAUUUCCUUCAACUCUAAGUAAGCUUUUGUUGCUGAGGAAGUGUUAAUCGUGUGAGCCCUCCACUUGAGGAUUUGACUUAGAUAUACCCUGUAUACACUACAGAAGAAAGGUUAAAUAAUCAGUCAAGCUUUAUUCAAUAAAAACACACGCAAACAGCAGUAAAUAGUACAACUUUACUACAUUUUACUAAAUACUGUUAUGUAAAAGUAAAUGAUGCUGUUCCCUGUUCAGAGGGUCAAAGUGUCCAUUAACAACUGCUGUUUAACAGCUGCUCACAAACCUGAUUGUUUCAUAGCGUGCUCACAGCGUCCCCUCCUGUUCUUAAACUUUUAUUUCUACUUUACAUCUGAUAGGAUUAAACAUUAAAUCAUCUCAAGUAGACACACCCAACCCCUCAUAAACUCUAAGUGGACCAAUAUACUUUCCUUAUUGACUUUGGCAUCCCUAUUUCUUUGAAAGUAUCACUGUUGCAUUACCAGUCGACCAAAGCAUAUCAUAGAUUACUGAUUACUAAUCAACUCUGAAAGAUCACAUAUGCGCAACCUCAUUAUUAUCAGGGGAUAUACGUCAGAAGUCAGAAGUGUGUGGAAUCCUCUUCUCUGGGCACUGACAGUUUCAAAUAGUGUAAUGAGGCUGAAGACUAACAUAAUGUACAAUACAUCUGUCCAUAAGAGAAUGGAAAAAAACAUACUGAAGGUGAUAACUGUAUAUCUUUACAUCUUCAUUGUAAAGUAAUAAACCUUCCGUUCACUAAAUAUAACCCUCUAAACUGAUA